GCAGCCUUUAACUUUAGAAAGAAUGUAAUCGCUGGGGGCAGAGCCCACUGCAGCGGGACCUCCCCCACAAAACUGCCGGGAUAAAUCCACUUCCCCCAGCAAGGCAGGCAGUCCUCGAAAGGAGGGAGAGCCUUGCAGCUGCCCCGGAGCCGCAGGAACAGCCAUGUCCACGGGGAAGCUCUGCUGCCUGCUGCUGCUGACCCUGGGGGUGCUGGCAGUGGCAGUGACACUUGUGGUCAUCCUGACUCAGCCCAGGUGCGCUCCCCAGCAGUACCUGCACGGUGCCGUGGCUGCUGACACCGAGAGCUGCUCCCUGGUCGGCCGGAACAUCCUGAAAAGUGGAGGCUCAGCUGUGGAUGCUGCCAUUGCUGGCUUGAUCUGCACCUCAGUGAUGAACCCUCAGAGUUCAGGCCUGGGUGGUGGGGUCAUAUUUACCAUCUAUAAUGCCAGCACAGGAGCAGUCGAGGUGAUCAACGCCCGAGAGACAGUCCCACGAGUGUUUCCUCACAACUUACUGUCUGGCUGUGGUCCUCCUGGUUUUCCUGUUGGUCCCCAGUGGAUUGGUGUGCCUGGCGAGCUCCGUGGCUAUGAGGAAGCCCAUAAACGACACGGCCGCUUACCAUGGAAAGCCCUGUUUGAACCAACCAUCAAGCUUCUUUCAGAGCCACUUGUCAUUUCCCCAGUUCUGGACAAAAUUCUCCAUCACCCAGCCUUCUCUGCUCUGGGGAAAAGGCUAUGCCCACUGCUCUGUGAUGGUCAGAGGCUGCUGAAGCGUGGUGAGACCUUCCGGUGGCGAGCGCUGCUGCAAACACUGCAAAGUGUAGCAGAACACGGAGCUGCAGAGUUUUAUGAGGGAGACAUAGCAAGGGCCCUGGUGGCAGAUGCCAGCAAGGCUGGGUCCAGUCUCUCACUGAAGGACCUUGGGGCAUACAAAGCAGAGGUGUCCUCAGCUCUGAACAUCACCCUGAACAACCACACCAAGGUAUUUGCUCCAGGACCACCCAUGGGAGGUGCAGUGCUCAUGUUCAUCCUCAAGGUAUUGGAAGAGUAUCAAUUCCAUAAAGCAUCACUGGCAACACCUGAGAAGAAGGUAGAAACCUAUCACUACAUUGCAGAGGCCCUGAAGUUUGGCAACAUGCUAAGACCCCACAUGAGUGACCCAGCCUUCUCUGAAGCUCAGGUGCCUGUGGGGACCCUGUUGUCUGACCAGUUUGCUGAGUUUGUGAGGCAGAAGAUAGAUACUCGUGGUGACCACCCCCUGGGCCACUACAGCCUGCUGGAGCCCCUGCACAAUGACAAAUACAGGAGUACGGGCACAAGCCACAUCUCCGUGCUGGCUGCAGACGGCAGCGCCGUGUCUGCCACCAGCACCAUCAACUUCCCGUUUGGCUCCUUUGUGUAUUCUAACCAAACUGGGAUCUUUUUAAAUAAUGAACUUGCUGACUUCUGCAUAACAAACAGAAGCAUUAAACCAGGAGAGAAGCCUCCAUCAGCCAUGGUGCCUUCCAUCCUCAUCUCCAAGUCAGGAGACAUGCUGGUGAUUGGAGGAGCAGGUGGGGGCUGGAUUAUCAGUGCUACCACCAUGGGGAUUAUAAACAAGCUGUGGUUUGGCUACGACUUGGAACAGGCCAUUUCAGCUCCUGUCAUGCACACCCAGGGUGACAGAGUCCUGUUUGAGGAGUCUUUCAGCAAGGAGAUUAAGACUGGCCUGCUGGGAAGAGGACAUAAAGAAAAUAAAGAUAAAUUUGCAAUGAAUGUUGUACAGGGAAUUUCCAAGGAAGGAAAAUGCAUCUCUGCUUACUCUGAUAAAAGGAAGCUGGGGAAAUCAGCUGGAUAUUAGCAUGAAAUGCCACCACAAUUCACAAAGCCACAGGAGAUUCAGAACAUGCUUUACUUGGACGUGCCCAUAAUUUCCUGUUCCCAUCAAGAUGUCUCCUGGAGCAUGGGCACAGACUGUGGUUACAUCUAAUUCCAGUAGGCUGCAGGUCACCCUCAGGCAACACAAGGAGAGGUCAGCCAGCCUUGUGUAGAGCUACACCUUCCAUUACUUACGUGAUACACAGAGAACAUAUUGUGCACACCAGUUACUCAGAAUGAGAGAAUACAAAGUGUGAAAGGAAAUUUGGUCCAAACCCCACUGAGAACACUGUGAAAUGGCCCAGAUGUGUCCUCUGUUCCUGAUGGAGUCUCAGUUUCUUUCAGGCUGCUCCACAAUAAGCUUAUUGCUGGGGCUCAGCAAUGUGAAAUACAUAACUAUUUUAGCUAUGAACGAGAAGCGUCUGUAGGCUCAGGAUUUUAAAAUCUGAGGUAUUCAGGCUUAGAGCGUGGAUUUGGGAAGAGAAGAGAUCAAAAUUCCACGCUCUCCCUCUGUUUUCUCAUCCAAAGAAGCCCAGGUUUUCCCCAGGGUGGCAGAUGAACUCACACCCUGGCACAAGAGCUGCCCUGCCUGCUGCUCUCUGCCUCAGGGGUGCAAAGGACCCCACAGGCUCAGGGUAACUGCACCAACACUUCUUCCAGCCCUGCAUGAGUGACUCUGAGAAUAGCCUCCCAUGGGAACAAGUGAUUUCCCUGCUCCUGGGACGAACAGGCUUCAGAUCAGCUCCCUGGAGGUUCCUCUCCUCCCCCUGUGGUGAGAUGGGUCCCAGGCUGUGCCAGCUCUCCCUCCUCGACACCAGUACAUCAGUCUUUGGGAAGGCAGCUCAGGAAGGCAGCAGAAAUGUUGGUUUUGGAAACUUUUGAACUUUCUUCAAAUUGCAAAUUAUACGUGAUGAGGAGAUAUCAUUUGUAGCCCUGAGCUCAGCCUGGCCAGGCAAACACCAGGACUGCUGAGAAGUGAUGCAGCACUAUUAGGCAUUAGCAGAAUUCCCCCAUAUCCUACAUGCUCCAAAUCCCUGUUUACCACAGCCAGGCCCUAGUGUUCUCUUCAGACCACAAGCAGGGCAUUGUAGGACUCUAAGAACUAUCACAGAAAGGGAAAACUUUAGGAGAAGAGACCUGAACCCAAAAGUUCCUGGAUUUUGCACCUGGAUACAAAAGGUCUUUUGCAGUUAAUCCAUAACUUUGCCCUGCUCAAAAAAGCCUAGAAAUGAAACAUUUAAGAAAGUAAAACCUGAAACCCACAAAACCCCCAAAGCUCUUCAAAUAUGCAGGGUCAGAUUCCCAGAAUCCUCCAAAAUUCCAUUUUCCCGAAGCUCCUGAGCCUGAUUGCCCUAUGGGCACAGUGUUGCGUGUGUGUCUGAAAGAGAAAGAAACCAGAGCCAAGCACUAGCAGAGCCCUCCCCCUCACACACAGAGCCCACGGGACUCCUAGUUCUCCAACAAAUAGAAUUCCUCUGUAAACAUCAUAACAAGCACACACUGUUAAAAAAACACAAAUUAAAACAAGGCCAGCUAGAUUUGAAGCCAAUGUUUUUACUCACAACGCCUGUCCAAUAAAGUCAUCAAUUCACUGAAA